AUGGAUACCUUGGCCGCUACCUCGCCGCGCCCGCGCGUUACUAACAUCACCAUCUCAACCCAGAGCUAUAACAUUCCCUCUCCCAACGAGAUGGAGGUCGACGCCCCCGAGUACGUCGACGUCUCCAGCCUCGCCGACCGCGAUUCCAUCGCCAUCAUAAACCCCGACAGUGUCGACCAAGACACCGAGGUCCUCCAAGAUCUCCCUUUAGCCAAUGACUAUGAUGCUAUGAAAGAACUUGUUCUACCACCCCUGAUCGAACAGCCCAAGAUCCUCGAGGACUGUGUCAAUACAUGGACUGUUGAAAGUUGGCGUAAUCUCCCAAAGAAGGAGCAUGGCCCUAUCUUCCACGCCGGCGGAUUCCCUUGGCGCAUUCUUCUUUUUCCCCACGGAAACAACACCGAUCACUGCUCCAUUUAUCUCGAGCACGGCUUCGAGCCCGACGCUGUACCUGAUAACUGGAGCUGUUGUGUUCACUUUGCUCUUGUCCUCUGGAACCCCAACGAUCCGAGCCUAUACACCAACCAUGCCGCCCAUCACCGCUUCACCAAGGAAGAGGGCGACUGGGGCUUUACACGUUUCGUAGAGAGCAGAAGAAUGUUUAACAUUCCCUGGGAGAAUAGCACAAGGCCUCUUCUCGAAAACGAGACAGCCAAUAUUACAGCCUACGUUCGUCUGGUCGAGGACGAAACCGGUGUACUUUGGCACAACUUCGUUAACUACGACUCUAAAAAAGAGACAGGCUAUGUCGGCCUCAAGAACCAGGGCGCCACGUGCUACCUCAACUCCCUUCUUCAGUCACUAUAUUUUACGAAUGCCUUCCGCAAGGCUGUCUACGAAAUCCCCACAGAAAGCGACGGCGACGGCGAUCUAACAAACUCUGCAUACACCCUCCAGCGCUUAUUUUACCAACUGCAGACGUCAGAGCAGGCUGUCGGCACAAAUGAGCUAACCAAGUCAUUUGGCUGGGAAACGAGGCACAUCUUUGAGCAACAAGACGUUCAAGAACUCUCGCGCAAGCUAAUGGAGAGGCUAGAGGAGCGAAUGAAGGGCACCACGGCUGAAAAUGUUCUCCCUGAAAUGUUCAGCGGCAAGAUCAAGACGUAUAUUUCCUGCAUCAAUGUCGACUACGAAUCAAGUCGCGUCGAAGACUUUUGGGAUAUCCAGCUCAACGUCAGCGGCAACAAAAGCCUGCUUGACAGCUUCCGCGACUAUAUCCAAGUCGAAAAGAUGGACGGCGAGAACCAGUACUUUGCUGGCGACGAACACAAGCUGCAGGACGCAGACAAAGGUGUCAUUUUUAACAGCUUCCCCGAUGUCCUCCACCUUCAGCUCAAGCGUUUCGAAUACGACAUCCAACGGGAUAUGAUGAUGAAAAUCAACGAUCGCUACGAGUUCCCUGAUGUUUUUGACGCUGCACCUUACCUUAACGAUGAUGCUGAUAGAUCUGAAUCCUGGACGUAUCAGCUCCACGGUGUCCUUGUUCACAGCGGCGACCUCAACGCUGGCCACUACUAUGCUUUCAUUAAGCCCAACAAGGACGGCUGGUUCUACAAGUACGACGACGACAAGGUCACCAAAGCUACCCUACGAGAGGUUUUGGAAGAAAACUACGGCGGCGAGGAGCGUAUUCCUAACGGUCUUACCCGGGCCCCCAUGCAGAAGAAAGCACCGACCAUCCGCCAGAACAGUGCCUACAUGUUGGUUUACAUCCGACAGACCCGCGUUGACAAGAUACUUUGCCCGGUUACUGAGAGUGAUAUUCCCUCCCACUUGCAGCUACGAUUCGAGGCAGAAACUGCUCAGAAAGAGGCCCGCCGCAAAGAGCAGCGUGAGGCUCACCUCUACAUGAUGGUCAAGGUCGUCACCAACCAGACCUUUCGCAACUUUGGUGGCACCGACAUGGGUCGCUUCGAUAACAACAACACCGAAGAUGAGUCAGCUCCCAGGUCAUAUCGCGUCAAGAAGACAACUGUCAUGGAAGAGUUUGUGCAACAAGUGGCAGAGGACAUGGGCCAGGAGCCCGCUAGAGUCCGUGUUUGGCUCAUGGUUAACCGCCAAAAUAAGACAAUACGUCCUGACCAACCUGUCAUGGAUUUGAGCCUGACUGUGGAGGAGAUUUAUGCACGCUCCGCCGCACACCGUGACUCGAGCCUUCGGCUUUGGGCUGAAGUCGCGACUGAGGUUGACAACGAGGGACUUCCCGUAUGGCCGUCAUACCAAGCCCCCAAUGCAAACGGUAGCAGAGAGGAUACUAUUCUGCUGUUACUCAAGUACUUCGAUGUGGACAAGCAGGAGCUCCGUGGCGUGGGCCAUGUGUAUAUGCAGAAGGAGGGGAGGGUCGAAGACCUCGUCCCGCUCAUCCACGCCGCCAUGGGCUGGGAGGCCAAACUACCCGAUGACGAACGCCUUUUACUCUGGGAAGAAAUCAAGCCUAACAUGAUUGAGCCUCUGAAGCCCAAGUUUACUCUCAGAAUGGCGGAGCUGCAGGAUGGUGACAUUAUCUGCUUCCAAAAGACGUCGGAGCACAAGUUACAGGCCCGCCUCUCGGAUGCGCCAAACAAGGAGCUGACUCCAUCGGGCGAUCGCAUGGAGGACGCCAGGGAGUACUACGACUUUUUAGAGCACAAGAGGACUGUAAGAUUCCACGCCCACCCUACCCGAUGCGACCAGGAGAAGUAUCCGGCGUUUGAGCUCGUUCUCAACGGAAAGAUCAACUACGAUGCGCUAUCUGAGAGCGUGGGGGCAUACCUCAAGGUUGAGCCAACACAUAUUCGUCUGUGGACUGUCAACGCCUCGACAAACAACCCCAAGGUGCCAGUUAGGCGAGGCACCAACCCGACGCUGCGACAGAUUCUCAGCCCCACAGGAGGAAGUCUGAAUACCAGUCAAAGGAAUGACGCAUUCUACUUCGAGGUGCUCGAGAUGAGUCUAGCAGAAUUGGAUACCAAGAAGAGCAUCAAGCUUACCUGGCUUAGCGAAGGCAUAUCCAAGGAAGAGCAGUUUGACCUCUUGGUGGCCAAGACUGGAACGAUUGAGGAUUUGAUUCAGGCCUUGGUCAAGAAGGCUAAGAUUGCGGACGAGGCCGAGGGAGGAAGGAUACGCGUCUACGAGACGAGUUCCAACAAAUUCUAUCGCGAGCCUGUCCGCGAGCAUGCUGUACAGAACCUGAGCGACUACACGCAAAUCUACGCAGAGCGCGUGCCUACCGACGAGUUGGACGCCAACGAAGCCAACUUUAUCCAAGUGUUCCAUUUCCAGAACGAACCCAACCGCACUCACGGCGUGCCGUUUAAAUUUCUCAUCGUUGAGGGAGAGAAGCUCGUGGACAGCAAGAAACGUCUGGAAAAGAGGACUGGCCUCAAGGGCAAGAGCUUCGAAAAGAUCAAGUUUGCUGUUGUGCGUAGAAGUAACCCUUCUAAGCCGCGCUACCUGGAAGAUGAUGACGAGCUCUGGAAUCUGAUUACCUCCGAAGAUGAUUUCCUGGGCCUGGAUCAUCUUGAUCGAACGAGGUCGGUACGGAACGGAUCAGAGGCGCUUUUCCUUCGUUGA